CCAGCAUGUUGUUUGAUGCAUGCCAACAUGCACUAUAUAUUUAUGAUUCUUCUUAUUUAUAAUUCCUCAUUUUAUUUUUUCCCAGCGCAUUUUUGUUGUCUUCCUAGUUCCGUUCAGAUGGAUGCAUGUUGCAGAAACGGCAGGAGACGUGGUGGGCCUUGUUGAUAUUGUCCUUGUUGCCCAUGGUUCGACCCUUCUAUGUUCCUGGAGUUGCUCCCCGGGACUUCCGUGAGGGUGAUGGAUUAGAUAUAAAGGCAGUGAAGCUAACCAGCUCCCGAACACAGCUUCCUUAUGAAUACUACUCCCUCCCUUUCUGUAAGCCAAAAUCUGUUGUCUACAAGGGGGAAAACCUGGGUGAGGUGUUGCGUGGGGACCGUAUAGUGAAUACCCUCUACAGUGUUGAGAUGAACAAGAACAAGAAAUGUGAGAUUGAAUGCGACAAGAAAAAACUCAGCAUAGAAGAGAGCAAGCUGAUUGCUGAGCGAAUCCAGGAGGAGUAUUAUGUUCACCUUAUUGCAGAUAACCUGCCUGUUGCCACCAGAUUAGAGUUUUACCCAAACAGAGAGGCAGGAGGGGAGGAUGAGCAGAAGAAGGACGUGGUGAAAGAUAUCCAGUUUGAACAUGGCUACAGACUGGGCUUUGUUGACAACAACAAGUUUUAUCUGCACAACCACCUGUCCUUCAUCCUGUAUUUCCACAGGGAGAAGUUGGAGGAAGAGGAUAUUCAUGACUACAGAGUGGUGCGAUUUGAAGUUGUACCACAAAGUGUUAAAGUAGAAGACCUGAAAGCAACGGGAAAUGUGUGCACCUUGCCUGAGGCUAGUGGCUCCACGCCCCAGGAGAUUGACCCAGACAAAGAGAACGAGGUCCUCUUCACCUACUCUGUCCACUGGGAGGAGAGCGAGGUAAAGUGGGCGUCUCGAUGGGACACGUACCUGACUAUGAGCGAUGUCCAGAUCCACUGGUUCUCUAUUGUCAACUCUGUGGUGGUCGUCUUCUUCCUGUCUGGUAUUCUGAGUAUGAUCAUCAUCAGGACCUUGAGGAAGGACAUUGCAAACUACAACAGAGAGGAUGAUAUAGAGGACACUAUGGAGGAGUCGGGAUGGAAGAACGUCCACGGUGACGUCUUCAGACCACCUCAAUAUCCCAUGAUCCUCAGUUCUCUGCUGGGCUCAGGGAUCCAACUCUUUUGCAUGAUUCUCAUUGUCAUCUUUGUUGCCAUGCUGGGCAUGUUGUCUCCGUCCAGUAGAGGGGCCUUGAUGACCACUGCUUGCUUCCUCUUCAUGUUCAUGGGUGUAUUUGGUGGCUUCUUUGCUGGGAGACUGUACCGCACACUCAAGGGUCACCGGUGGAGGAAAGGAGCAUUUUGUACAGCAACUUUGUAUCCUGCUGUGGUUUUUGGAAUCUGCUUCAUCCUCAACUGUUUCAUCUGGGGAGAACACUCCUCUGGGGCUGUUCCCUUCACCACAAUGCUAGCCCUGCUGUGCAUGUGGUUCGGUAUCUCCAUGCCCCUGGUCUACCUGGGCUACUAUUUUGGCUUCCGCAAACAGCCUUAUGAUAAUCCUGUACGCACCAACCAGAUCCCUCGGCAGGUCCCAGAGCAGCGCUGGUACAUGAACAAGUUUGUAGGAAUCCUGAUGGCUGGGAUCCUGCCGUUUGGUGCCAUGUUCAUCGAGCUCUUCUUCAUUUUUAGUGCCAUCUGGGAGAAUCAGUUUUAUUACCUGUUUGGCUUCCUGUUCCUGGUCUUCAUCAUCUUGGUGGUUUCCUGCUCUCAGAUCAGCAUUGUCAUGGCUUAUUUCCAGCUCUGUGCAGAGGACUACCGGUGGUGGUGGAGAACAUUCCUGGUUUCAGGAGGCUCAGCGUUCUACGUCCUCGUUUAUGCUGUCUUCUACUUUGUCAACAAGCUGGACAUUGUGGAAUUCAUCCCCUCACUCCUGUACUUCGGCUACACCGCCCUCAUGGUGCUGUCAUUCUGGCUGCUAACGGGCACGAUCGGUUUCUACGCUGCCUACAUGUUCAUCAGGAAAAUCUAUGCUGCGGUCAAGAUCGACUGAGUCACCACCAUCACUGCUGUUCUCAUCAUUUGUUUUUUUUUUUCUUUUUGGGGUCACUUUUAAAAAUAUAUUUUUAUUCAUCAUGUCCAAAAAGCACUGACUUGUGUGUCGAGGGAGCGAGAGGGGUUUGUGUGGUGCAACAGCCCCGCCCACUGGCCUCAAGGGGAAAUACAGCAAGGUGGCAGAGUUGACCAGCUGUUCUCCCUCCCUCUUUUCCUCACUUGUCCCCCUUCCUUUCUUCAGGACAGUCUUGGGGGAGUCUUCCUCUGAUGGGGCAGCUCAUGUCCUGCUGUUUCACCCUGCACAUGACACAGUGGGCCAAAGCUUGUCCAACCAUGGUUUCUGUGCAUUUUCUUUUCAUUGUGUAUUUUCAGUCUAACUUAUCCAGGUUUUUAUUUUUGUCAUCACAGGAUUUCUCCCUACUUAAUUUUAUUUGAUCAUCUCCUGGGGAACUUGAUUCAUCUGAUUUCCUUACAUUAACUUUACUUUUUCCAAUGUCUGUUUUCACUGCAGAGACUGGGGGAGUCAAGCUGUGGUCAUGGUGUUAACUUUGUUGUGCUGAACCAAUAUGGAUGGAAAUUAUGCUGGGAAAUUCUGCAUUGUAACACGAAGAGGUUAAGUUAAAUGUUCUAUUAUUUUUUACUUCAGUUUCCAAUUCCUGGUGUGACCAUGUUACCACAAGUGUAAUCAAAAUAUUAGCUUCUUCUUUCCGAACAAUGGAUCUCUUGAUGUCAAAAUAUUGGUCCGUUUGCUCUAAGUGAUACAGAACUGCUCUGAAUGGGACUAUGAACCCGACGGCCUGAAGCAGUGGACUGCUGGGGGAAGCCGCUGGAGCAAAGGAAAAGCUACAGUCGGCACAGAAAUGAAAGGGAGGCAUAACAUUUUUUUUUUUUUUAUUUGAAAGUCUGCAACACACAAGUGUUUGAAGCUUUUCCAGCGGUAACUUACAAAAAA